AAAUGUGCCAAAUCUAUUUCCGUAACUUCUUCUUUUUGUCUUCACAGCUGUUUAUUGCGGUGUGCGAGUCAAAGUUCUUUAGAUGAAAGCUCACAAAAAAUUCCACGACAACGAUCAACAACUGGAACUUAUAAGAACGAUGCUCAUACAAAUCGUUCAUUUGAUACAAUGAAUGAGAUGAGAAAACAAAAUCUUCUCUGUGAUGUUGUGUUGGUUGCUGAGGGAAUGGAAAUUCCCGCACAUAAAAUGAUUCUUGCAUCUUGCAGUCCAUAUUUCUAUGCGAUGUUUACAGGAUUUGAAGAGUCAAAACAAGAUCGAAUAACAAUUCAAGGCGUAGAUUUUCAUGCACUUCAACUUCUUGUUGAAUAUGUUUACUCGUCUGUUGUUGUUGUGACUGAGGAGAAUGUUCAAGUUCUUCUCACAGCUGCAAAUCUUUUACAACUUACUGAUGUUCGUGACGCUUGUUGUGACUAUCUUCAAUCACAACUUGACCCAAGUAAUUGUUUAGGCAUUCGAGAAUUCGCCGACAUUCAUGGUUGUAUUGAUCUCUUCAAUUACGCUGAUUCUUACAUUGAACAACAUUUUUCCGAAGUUGUACAGUUUGAUGAAUUUCUUACACUUUCAUCGGAACAAGUUGAAACAUUCGUAAAAAGCGAUUCAUUGUCAGUUCCAUCUGAAGAAAGAAUUUUCGAGUGUGUCGUCGCUUGGAUUCAAUUUGAACCAUCAUUGCGUCAACAAUAUUUAGGUCGUUUGAUGCAGUACGUCAGAUUGCCACUUUUAUCCCAAGAUUACAUUCUUCAACGUGUCGAGAAGGAGCCGCUGCUUCAAGGCGACAUUCAAUGCAAAGAUUUAAUCAUCGAAGCUCUCAAAUAUCAUCUGCUGAAGAAUGAACAAAAACUUGUGUUCAGCUUCAACACGCCGCGAACAAUUCCAAGACGACCAAUUGGACGACCGAAAGUCUUACUCGUCAUUGGUGGACAAGCACCAAAAGCCAUCAGAUCAGUUGAAUGUUACGACCUACGUGACGAGAAAUGGUACCAAGCAGCCGAACUGCCUUCAAGACGUUGUCGAGCUGGUUUGGCAGUUCUUGGAGAUAAAGUUUAUGCUGUUGGUGGAUUCAACGGAUCGCUUCGUGUUAGAACUGUUGAUGUUUAUGAUCCGUCAACAGAUCAAUGGACAAGUUGCUGCAGCAUGGAAGCCCGACGAUCAACACUUGGAGUCGCUGUCUUGAACAGUUGCAUCUAUGCUGUCGGAGGAUUCGAUGGCAGUACCGGCUUAAACAGUGCAGAAGUCUUCGAUCCUAAAAGUCAAGAAUGGCGUUUAAUCGCUACAAUGUCAACACGACGAUCAUCAGUUGGUGUUGGCGUUUUAAAUGGUUUACUAUUUGCUGUUGGAGGCUACGAUGGAUCAACACGUCAAUGUCUUGCAUCGGUUGAAUGCUACAAUCCACUGCUUGACAGUUGGUCAUGUGUCGCUGAAAUGUCAGCAAGACGAUCUGGUGCUGGUGUCGGUGUUGUUAAUGGACUUUUAUAUGCUGUCGGUGGUCAUGAUGGGCCGCUUGUGCGGAAGUCUGUUGAAGCUUACAACGCUGACACUAAUCAAUGGCAUCAACCAGCUCAGAAUCAUUAUGCGAAUGUUGAUGUUGCACAACAACAGCAGCAGCAACAACCGCUUGCACUUGGCGUCCCUGCUCCUUUGAAUGAACCAAACGUUGCACAAAUCAUUAAUCUUCAACAUCAUCGAGCAAAUUAUCAUCAAUCAUAUCGAAAUGAUGUUUAUGACGUUCCACGUAAUGUGAGAAAUAACAACAACAAUAAUUUCUAUGUUAACGUGCCGAAUGGCAAUCAAAGACGAUCAAACUUACAUUUGGAUUUUAAUCGUCCGAGAUAUCCAACAAAUUAUCAGAAACAUCAAAGAAGCUUCGACGAUACUGAGUCAUGUUAUGGAUAUGUGACGGGUUCGGGGUCAGGAUCAUCGAAUCAAGGCUAUCCGAUGUAUGAGAGGAUUGGCGGCACAAGGGAAGAGCCGCUUUAUCAGAAUUCUGGUAUGUAUGGACGUUUGGAUGUGAUUGGACAUGGCAUUGGACGAAUCGAACGUCAUCUCAGCUCAUCAUGUGGAAAUAUUGAUCAUUACAAUGUUGGUGGUCAUUAUGCUGUGUUGAGUCAUUCGCAUGUUGGUCAAAUGGUGAUGAAUGCAAAUGCAAACAAUUCAAGUUCAUCAACAACGGCUCAGAAUUCUCGCGAUGGCGUCAAAUCUUUCUUCAGUUGCUUGAAUGGUGAAAGUUCUCAAUCUUUGAGUAAUAUUAAUGGCAUUGAAGGAGCUGCCGCUUCAUCAGUUCAGACUCAAAACCCACCAACACCGUCACUUCAACGAUCAACUGGCGCGAUUCCAAAGACAAAGAACAAACAAAGUAAUAAAGUUUCACCGAAACCUUCAACUUCUGGAUCAUCGGUAGCGUCAUCAUCAAUACCGCCGAUACCACCGCCAAUGCCGACAAACAAUCGCAUUUCAAAGUCGUCACUUCAAUAUCUUCUACUCAACAAAUGGCUGCCACUUGGACCAGACUACAAAAUUAUUGAUUUUAAUUUUAUGUUUAGUCGAAAUUGUUCAUCGACUGGACAAUGUGAUGCUGGUGAAGGUGUUGUGCAAUUUAAUGGACAAGCUGAAAUGGUUGAUCCUGGAAUUUAUCAACCACAAAGAGAAUAUCCAACAAUGAAUCCAACGAAUUAUCCGAGAGUGAUUCGCAACACUCCGCAAUUGUCAAGAUUACGUGAAUCUGAUGCUGAAAAUUUGCAGCAUGAUUCAGCACGUGGUGGAAAUGCAUUUAGAGCACGUUCUGAAAGUCCAAGUUUUAGUGGUGGACAUCCAAAGAACCCACAAGAAGAUCCUUUCCGAAAUUGGUCAUUUAAUUUUGAGAAUAAUUCAUUCCGACCGGCAGGUGGCGUUACUGCUCAAAAAGAAAUUAAACGAAUAACUGAAGGAACUUUGGCGAUGAAAGAUUUUCAAGAGCAACCCUUAAUGAAAGAUUUGCCGUCGAUUGUUAUUGAUAAUCAGGAUGGAACAUUACAAGAAUCACAACAACAACAGCCAACGACAUCAAAAUCAACAAGUCCAUCAACGAUUAGCGACAAUUCAGGUGCAUCAACAUCAGCUUCAAGUUCAAGUCAAGGUUCAAAGCCUGGUGAGAUGAAAAAAUCUGAAAAUUAUGACAAUCUUGCAAGUUUACAACAAGAUGCGCCAUGCUCCAGUUCAACUUCAAAUGGAAUUCAAAUGAAGCAAAGGAAAAAGAAAUCAACUGAAAGUCAAUCGAGUACUGAUUCAGUGACUUUAGCGGAAGAAGAUGAAGAUGUUGAAGAUGCUUUUGAAGAGUUGGAAUCAGAUGUUGAUUAA